AUGGGUGAUACGAAUGGACAAGUAGUAGCUGGUGGCAAUGGCCGAGGAAAUAGAUUGGAUCAAUUGAAUUGUCCAACCGAUGUGUUGAUCGACAAAGAAACGGAUAGUCUCAUUAUUUGUGAUCGAUGGAAUCGACGAGUCCUUCGAUGGUCUCGUCGUAGUGGCACAACUCAAGGAGAAAUUCUCAUCAACAACAUUGGAUGUUGGGGAUUGACCAUGGAUGAUCAGAGAUAUCUCUACAUCUCUGACGUCGAAAAACAUGAAGUAAGACGAUAUCAAAUAGGAGACAAUAAUGGAACUAUUGUGGCUGGUGGCCAUGGCAAAGGUGUUGGUCUCAAACAACUCAACCAUCCGACCUACAUCUUUGUCGAUCAACAACAGACUGUCUACGUGUCAGACCAUGACAAUCAUCGUGUGAUGAAAUGGGAUAAAGAUGCAAAAGAAGGAAUUGUCGUCGCUGGAGGUCAAGGCUAUGGGAAUACUUUGACACAAUUGUCGUAUCCAAAAGGACUGUUCGUCGAUACAUUGGGUACCAUCUAUGUGGCAGACUUGUGGAAUCAUCGAGUGAUGCGUUGGCCUAAAGGAGCAAAACAAGGCACUGUCAUUGUGGGUGGAAAUGGUCGAGGAUCAGGGGCGAAUCAAUUCAACAGUCUCCGAGGUUUGUCCUUCGAUCGACAUGCUAAUCUCUAUGUUGUCGAUUGUGACAAUCAUCGUGUUCAACGCUUUUCAAUCGGAUAG